UAGUUAGACAUACACAAAUGUUGGUCUAUUUCUAGUUUCUAUUUGCCUCUGUUUGUAGUCAAUGGAUUGUUUAAUGUUCCUUUCGGAAAUCUAAUUAAGGCACAAAUGGAUAAAGUUCUGGUUCUUUCAACACUUCUCAUUUGUAUGGUUUACUUACCAGAUACACUAAACUGCAUACCAAGAUUUCCUAUGGAAAUCGAAGGGUUUGAGAAAGAUUGUGUCAAUUAUAGUUGCCGCUACACCGGGAGAAUUUUAGGGCACGUUGACAUCUAUAGAGAGAAUUUAACUUAUGCCGUGGUGGAAUACGCAUCGACGUUAAGUCUUUUUUAUUGUCAAGGAAUGAAGGGCUGCUCUGAUGACACGUAUAAUUGGGUACCGCUUUGUGAUAUAUUCUGGUUUGACGACCCACUAGAUUGUGUAAACUAUGACUACUACCCCUGCUUCUGCUCAGGAACGUUUCCCAUGAAAUUUAAAUUUUACCCAAUAAUUGGAAAUGCUUACUACCGGACUGGAAAUCUUAUCGGCAACCACUACCCAAAUCCAGAUGAUUUCGGCAAAGUAUUUGAUCCAAGAAAUAUAACAAGUGUAUGGGAUCCGAUUGAAAAGUUCCAGGUAUUUUUUAAAGGUAAACAAUGGGAAUUUUCAGUCAACGAAGGCCGCCUAUUACAUUCAGAGUCUGUUUUCUUGGGAAUCGGAGCUCUGUGCACUUUUCUACUAGCCUAGAAACAGCUUGCUUAGAAACAAUGACACCCUAAUUAAAGGAGGUUGGGUGGUCGUGUUUUCAUCGUCGGAUCUUUGGUGAAGAAAUCGCUAGUAUUUAAACUUGCUAUCUUCUCUUUUAUUGUUGCAUUUAGUAAUCAUUUAAUUGAAUCUUUUAAUAAAAUUUUAUAAAUUAAUAUAUUGUCUAACUCGAUUAAAUAUUAGAUAUUAGCGCAUUGUCAUAGGAGGAGAAUGUAUCUAUAAGAAAUGGCUGCAUUAGAAGUUUGUAAAAAGUAAGCUACAAGAAAGUUUGCCAAAAGUCACAACAAAAAUUGUUUUAAACAUUUUAUAAACAUUUCGCUUUGGGGAAAUGAUUAGAGUUGUAUGAUAUUGUAAUGGUGGGUGGGGGAGGGUUAAAAUGGGUUAAAAAUAUGAAGUUAUAUCAUAGUACCACAAAAGACAAAAGAGUAUAGAACGUUAAAUAUAUAAUUCAAAGAAUUCUAAUAAUACUUAUACAUCUACUUAGAUAGAUCUGAUAGUAUGAUAACUAGCCUAUCUUUAAACAAAGAAAAUAUUUCAGUCAUGGCGUAUAUUUAUAUUUUUUUUUCAAAACAAUGAAUUUUUAAACAUUUAUAACAUUUUUCAGCCAAUCCACUGGGUUAGUAGUAAAACUGGGAUAUUCAUUUAAGUAAUAAAUAAAAUUCAUUGUACUGGACACCUUUUUUAUCUAAUUUCAGUUAAUGUAGAUGAAACUUUUAGACCAUGCUCUUAACUUAUAAGGCGUA